GGUCACCUUGGAGCCGCAGUGUCGGUGAUAUUGCGCGGUCUUCCUCUGGCUUCUGUCGCACCCGCUGCUAUGACAGAUCAUUUCUUCCGUGCUGCGCAUGCCAUUAUCAGUGGAGGUCCCAACAUUAAAGCUCGACUGUAUUCGGAAGGUCUCCACAUUUGGCUCAUCAAAGUUAUCUUCAAGGAAUGUAGAAGAAUGCACGAAGAAGAGCAGCAGGAAUCUAGCAUGGAUCAUUCAUUUGGAACUCUUUUACGUAGCUAUGUUGAACUGCUUUGCUUAUUGCUAACUGGAAGUGGAGUGGAGUCUUUGAAACUCAAGGCAGCCAGAGAUCAUAUUUUAGUACCAUUGUUGCAAUCUACAAUUUUCCUGAAAAGAGUUCUGCUGAGACGCACACGAGCUGUUGAGGCUUCCCGAUGUUCGCUUGAGAGGCUUCUUCGUCGUGUUUCUGCUAAAGAUCCGUUGAUGUUAAUGAGAGCAGCGGUUCAAUCCCUCGAUGCAAUUGAGGACUUGAACACUAAAGCGCACAUUGUUUCCGUGAUAUUGGAUGUUCUGAAUCCAGAGCAAAAAGAAGAAGAGGAUUUCCAUAUCCAAAUUGAGAAGGAUCCGGCUCAAGAGGACUUCUUGCAGGGCAGAAUGACUGGUAAUCCCUACAAGGUUGCUGUUUUAUCAACAGAUGCUGGUCUAGGCCCGCUCAUGCGGGACAUUAAGAACAAGAUCUGUCGAGAUACUGAAAUGAUAGCACUUUUGGAAGAUGACAAUGGCAUGGAGUCAUCGCAUUGCUUAGAAUCUACACUUCAGCUACUGGUGAACAACCAAAUAAUUUCGUUAGCACUUCCCGUUAGAGCAGUGUACGAUAAACUUUGGAAGAAAACAAAUCCGGGGCAGCCUAUGGUGAUUGUGUAUAGGAUGCGAGGUUUACUUGGAGAUGCAGUGGAGACGUUUGUUUCCACUCUUGGUGAAGCUGAAGGAGGUAUGGAAAGCUGCAUUAUUGCACUGAAUUUUAUGAAGUCGUAA